AUGGCAAUUGACACAGUGGAAAUGAAAAUAUACUUCAGGAAUGGCAGCAGCAUAUCCAGGGCUAACCUUGAUGGUACCAGCGUUGAAAUUUUUUUGCAAAUUGCUGAUGUUUACAAAAUGAAAGUUGACUGGUUGGGACGUCGUUUAAUCUGGUCUGUUGAUUCAAACGACGACCGCAUUUUUGUAGUCAAUUUAGACAGAAAAGGGAAAAGAGCGCUGACAAAAGAAAGAACUUCUAACUACGAUAUAGCAGUGGAUCCGACAGUAGG